AGCGGGUUAGAGCAUCAGUCCCUCAGUGAAAGAGGUGCAAGAAGGAGCUCCCACGACUCUCCUCACUACCGCUACUCCCACACGAGGAUACACUAAAGGCAGACACACUCGUCACUCGUGCAUCAUGAAGGUUCUCGCCGUGUUUCUGUUCGUCGCCGCUGCCCUCGCCGCCCCGCAAGGAGUGGAGAUCGAGGAAGCAGCCGAGGUUGUCCCCGGCAAGACAGUGCCUGACGGGGAGGGAGGAGAGGAGGGCUUUGUGUUCAUCUUGCCGCGCUGGAACCCCUUCAGGAACAUCUUCAGGAACAUCUUCUCCAACCAGCCCAGCGUGCCAGACUCGGAGGGCGGCGGUGGUAUUCGAUGGCCCUGAAGAUCCCAACGGGCGCCGCGGCAUUUUCUCCCUCAUCGACUCCAUCUUCGGCCUGGUGCCCACGCCCUCAGAUAACGCCACUGUCACCUUCAGGAACUCAUCCAUCGAGGUGAUCAACAUUGGCGGCGUGCCCAUGCAGGUGAACAGGACCAUCGUGGAGCACACUGACCCCCAACGGCUCCGUGUUCCGCCGCGUGGACCAGAGGAUUCUCGGCCCUUACGACAACGCCACUGACGCCGCCACCACUGACGCCGCUGUUCCCGACGUGCAGGACGACGCCAAUGAGAUUGAAGAUUUUGGGGCCCAGACUCAUAAGAUGCACCACCUGCAGAAGCGUUGGAUCCACCUCCUGAAGGACGCCCUCGAGAGAUUCAAGAACAAGCGAGCCCCUUCCAACAACUACUUAGAGGAGGAGGAGGAGGGAGAGGAACGCAUCCCGGAAACCAAUAACAACCUUGUGCCAAUUAGAAACGAGGAUGAUAUUGCCGUGUGAACUACAUUAGCGGUCCUCUUCCAGUGAACCCCGAUGCUGAAAUCUUUGAUCCUGAGCUGGUGAGGGAAAGUGAGAGGAGGUUUUGGGAGAGUCGAGGCAAUUCUGCAGUGUCCCGGCCCCUCAGAUCCCAGCCAAUCAUGUCCCAGCCUCUCAGAUCCCAGCCAAUCAUGUCCCAGCCUCUCAGAUCCCAACCAAUCAUGUCCCAGCCUCUCAGAUCCCAACCAAUCAUGUCCCAGCCUCUCAGAUCCCAGCCAAUCAUGUCCCAGCCUCUCAGAUCCCAACCAAUCAUGUCCCAGCCUCUCAGAUCCCAGCCAAUCAUGUCCCAGCCUCUCAGAUCCCAGCCAAUCAUGUCCCAGCCUCUCAGAUCCCAGCCAAUCAUGUCCCAGCCUCUCAGAUCCCAGCCAAUCAUGUCCCAGCCCCUCAGAUCUGUGCCCCUGGCUUCCAAUAGGACAAGGCCUCCCAGAAGUACCCCUGUCAGGUUAUAAGUUGUUUUUGUUUACAUUAAUUUUCACUCAUAGUUCAUUAGUCAUGCAUCAGUUACAGUCACCGUGAAGAAAAUUGUUGUCAUCUUGCUUUUUUCGAGUCUCAUGAUUAUCUAUUUGUUUUUUUUGUUUUUGUUUUAAUGUGUUGUUUUAUUUGAUUUAUUUUUUUCGUUCGUUAGAGCAGCUUUUGUUUGAUUUAUUUAUUUGCUAUCUUUUUUUUUUUUUUCAUGUGUGUGUGUGUGUGUGUGUGUGUGUGUGUGUGUGUGUGUGUGUGUGUGUGUGUGUGUGUGUGUGUGUCAUCCGUCGUAAAAUAACUUAACAAAUAAAAGGUACUCAACAAAUAAUCAAAACACAACAACAACAACAACCAACAACAACAACAACAACAACAACAACAACAACGACAAUUCAUCACCCAUAACACACACACACACACACACACACACACACACACACACACACAAACACACAUACGUACUAAGAACAAGAACACAAUCACCUCACCCCAAACAACAACAAAAACAACAAAAACAACAAAAACAAAACAAAACAAAACAUAUCACUUUCCACAACACAAAAGUACUCCGUCACAAAACCAAAAGAAAAAGAAGUAAGGGAACUGUGCCAAAGUGUGCCAAAAAUGUGCCAAAGAGGUUUUAUGUAUUGUGAGUGUUGAACAAAUACGAGUACACAAGAUUUUGCCAAAGCCCAAAUGUGUCGAUUAAAUUUAAGUCAAAGCAUUAAUAUUCUACUUUUUUUUAUUUUUCUACUUUUUUUCUACUUUGUUCCACUUUGUUCUACUUUUGCUCUACCUAAACUACAGCAUUAAUUGUAUACUUUUCGUACCUUUUCUAUUUUUCUACUUAAAUUAUAGCAUUAAUCUACUAUUUUGUACUUUUAUUUAAGUGAGAGCAAAUUAUUACCAGCAAGAAAAGGAAAAAAAAAAAAAAAAUACAAUGCUCUUAAUAUUCCCCCAUUUGCAGAUAUAGAGGAUAUGUUAUGUAGGAACUGAUAAGGUUUUAUACUUCAUAUUUUUAUACUUUUGUGUACGAAUAAACACACAUCUUGUUUAA